AUGAAAGCAGUUUAGGCUCCUUCUUCUUUUCUUUUUUCUUUGGCUCUACCACUGUAAUUUGAAACACGUUGUAUGUCUCUUUUGUGUAGAUAAAAAUCAAGAAACAAAAAGAAAAUGGACUUAUUUGUAAUGGUAGUGAGGGCAUCAGGAAUUGGCGACGGUGGUGAGAAGAAAUACAACUACAAGGUGAGAGCAUGGACAAACCAAGAUGAUCCGCGCCAAACAAAGAUUACAACCAACUCAGAUCCUGAGUUUCGUGAGGUUCUGCACCUUCCUCAACACAAGGCUGCAUCGUUUCUCAACUUGGAGUUGUUCAGUGUAAAUCCAACUGACACGGACCGAUUUUUUAUUGGGAGAGCAAACACAGCACUGCCCAUGAAGACAAAUGCUAAUGUGUACCGUAAAAUCAAACUUGAGAACUUGGACACCAUUGGAAAUAUCGUAACUGUUGGUUAUCUUCAAGUGUAUCUUGGCCUCGAGACUGGUUAAGGCAAUUUGCUGACCAAUCUAAUGUUUGCUUCUAUGCUUCUGAUCCAUGUUUGACGAAUACAGCAGUUGCCAGUUUGUGUUUUAAUGUAAUGUAGCAAACGUAAACAUUUUUUUCUUUUUAGGGGGUCAACUUACAAAGUCACAAUAAUAUUACAUCGUUAAGUUUUUAA